AUGGCGGACCUGAGCGAUGCUGCGACUGUCAGAGGGCUCCGUGAUGACAAUGCCAUGAUCGGCAGGGAGCAUUGGAAGAUUGUGCAGGAGCAGAUUGGGCACGACGCGGUGCGACUGAGCGAGUCGGCCGUUGGUGGGAUCGACUGCCAAUGGGUCCACAACUGCAAGGGCGAAGGCGAGCAGGGGAAGCAAGACACCGGUGAUCAGGCCCCUGUCAUCUUGUACUUCUUCGGCGGGGCCUUUGUUGUGGGGAGCCCGGAGGAUGACCUCGCCAUCACGGCGAAGCUCGCGCACUUUACCCGGCUCUCGGUCUGCGUGCCACGAUAUCGCCGCGCGCCCGAGAACCCCUACCCGAGGGCCAUCGAAGACGCAGCGGCUGUGUACCGCGAGCUCGUGGGCGUGCAAAGGCGCCGAGUUCUUCUCGUGGGUGAGUCAGCGGGUGGCCACCUGGCGCUAAGGUUGCUGCUCGAUGUUCUGGGAGACCGUGAAUUGGCGGCGCCGGAGGCGGUGGCGCUACUGAGCCCCUGGGCCGACCUCUCGCAUAGCGGGGACAGCCAUGUGGUUUGCCAGAAUCUCGACCCGACCUUGUCUGUGGAACAUUUCUUGCACCCGGCCACUUGCGCUUACAUGGGUGUGCCCGCGGAUGCGAGUGGGACGGAGAAGGCCAAGUCACCCGAUGUCUCACCGCUGUUUGCUGACAUGCCGGCUCGCUUCCCGCCCGUCAUCAUCACGACAGGAACACGGGAUCUGCUGAUGAGCGACAGCAUCAGGCUUGCAGCGAAGCUGCGUGAAGCCGCAGCUGCCAGCGAAGAAGGCCGCGAGGCCGUGGUCGACCUCCGUGUCACCGACGGGAUGUGGCACGUCUUCGAGUGGUUCUCCAAGCUGCCCGAGGCGGAGCAGUCUCUGAGAGGCAUCGCGGAUUUCUUGCUGAAACACCAGGCAGCUGUGAGGUGA